AUGCGCGACUACUUGCUCUUCCUGACCGCCAAGUUCCCCUCCCCGCGAGACCAGUCUGUCCCGGUCACUUCACCUGCGCGGAUUGUGACCUCCGCCUGGAAUCGACGACGCCGACAUCUGCGUCCGUUGACCAUGUUCUCAACCUUCAUUCGCCAACUCAAUACCCUGCGGCGGAAGGUCCCUCUGCUCAACCGGUUACACUUGAACUUCAUUGUCCUCCAUUAUACCUAUAUCAUUUCCUGGGGCAUCGUCGGUUCGAUCAUUGUCUAUCCCGGCAGUGACAUCGCCUAUAUCGAUGCCCUGUUCCUGUCGGUCGGCGCGGCCACGCAGAGCGGGCUGAACACGGUCGACCUGAACCAGCUUCGUCUCUAUCAGCAGAUCGUGCUCUAUCUGAUCACCCUCUUUUGCACUCCCAUCUGGAUCCAUAGUGCGCUAGUGUUCAUCCGCCUCUACUGGUUCGAGAAGCGGUUCCAACAUGUCGUGCGCGAUGCGCGGGCCUUACGCACCACCCGGUCGCGCAUGGACACCGUCACCCAGGGAAAGGAGAGCGAGGAGCUCAAUCGGGCCGAGCUUGGAGUCGGCGGCCGAUCGAUCGUCGUGCUGCGGAAUAAUGCCGGAGAUGCAAGGGGUGACCGACUGCCGGACCCCACAGCCAAAGCCGUCAAUGACGCGCACGCGGAGACCGAUUCAGGCGACGGGGAGGCAAAGGGCGCCAGCGGGCGGUCCAGCUCGGACGAGACCGACCCUGUCGUGGAAAGUCGAUUCGGACUAGGUAGCCUCCGAGUACCCACCCAGCUCAGCCCGGAGCAUCAUAUUGCAUUCGUGGAGAAUCAGCGCAAGAACAAGGGAGCCCUUCGGAUUCCCAGCCCUCGUGAGUACGACCGCGGAGGGGUGCCAGAGGCACUGGACGAAGGGGACGAAGAGGAGCCGGAGCAGGCACCCCCGUCCAGCCCGGUACACUCGGACGAAGUCGAUCAAGUGCAUCCGCUAGAAGGGCCGCACAUCACCAUCAAUGAGCCUGACUUUACUCGCACCCGCACCCGGGCAAACACUUUCUCCCGCCUGGACACCCGGCCCACAAUCCGGGAAACAGUCACCAAGGAUGGAGAGGAGGCCGCCGGGCUGGGGCCAGUGGCCACCCGACACACCUUCCGGGGCAUCUUUCGAUCUCUCACACAAGAGCGAGAGCGACCGACUCAGCCGUAUCUGAGCUGGAAUGCGACCGUUGCGCGAAACUCCAACUUCGUGGAUCUGACCGAGGAACAGCGUGACGAACUGGGAGGCAUCGAGUAUCGUGCCCUGAAGACGCUGGCCGUGGUCCUCAUUUCCUACUAUCUCGGAUUUCACCUUCUGGGGUUGAUCAGCAUGGUUGGCUGGAUUAUGACUACGAACACCUGGGGUGAUAUUGUCAAGGCCGACGGUGUUGGUCGACCCUGGUGGGGGAUUUUCACGUCAGCAUCCGCUUUCAACGAUUUGGGAUUUGCGCUUACGCCGGAUUCAAUGAUUUCUUUCCAGCGCGCGGUCUUCCCUCUUCUGAUGCUGGCGUUCUUGAUUGUCAUCGGUAAUACCGGGUUCCCAUGUAUGUUGCGGCUGAUGAUCUGGAUCCUCUCGAAGUUCGCGCGGCAGGGAACGGCUUUAUGGGAAGAAUUGAAGUUUCUCUUGGAUCAUCCUCGCCGCUGCUUCACUCUGCUAUUCCCUCGAAAUGCCACGUGGUGGCUUUUCGCAAUUUUGGUCGCUCUGAACGGCAUUGAUGUCAUUUUUUUCAUUAUUUUGGACUUGAACGACUCGGCAGUCACACAGCUUCCGCCAGGUCUUCGAGUUCUGGAUGGUCUCUUCCAAGCCGCAGCUACUCGAACGGCUGGUUUUGGAGUCGUCAACCUUGCAGAUCUUCAUCCAGCCAUACAGGUUUCCUACCUGAUCAUGAUGUAUAUAUCUGUCUUCCCCAUCGCCAUUUCCAUGCGUCGGACAAAUGUAUAUGAAGAGAAAAGCCUGGGCCUCUACGGUUACGAGGAGGAGAGUGACGAAGACAACCAGACCGCUCCCAGCUAUAUUGGUACUCACUUGCGACGCCAGCUGAGUUUUGAUCUGUGGUAUGUGUUCUUGGGGCUAUUUAUCAUCACUAUCGCCGAAGGUAGCCGGCUACAGAGUGCGAGUGACUACAGCUUCCAAAUUUUCACCGUCUUGUUCGAGGUCGUGUCGGCGUACGGUACAGUGGGUCUGUCCUUUGGAUAUCCUGGUGUCAACACCUCCUUCUCGGGCCAGUUCAAUGUGGUUUCCAAACUGGUGAUCAUUGCGAUGCAGAUUCGGGGUCGGCAUCGUGGCUUGCCCUACGCCCUAGACCGCGCCGUUCUGCUACCUUCAGACGCGCUCAACCGCCGUGAGGCCGCUGAGUCGGAGCGUCGCAUGCGCCGUCGGGCAUCGAAUCUCAGUGGGGGUGAAUCUCUUGGUCGUCCACAAUCUCGUUCAAUUUCCCAAUCUCAGGCCGACGCUGGCCUUUCGACCGGCAUGGAGUCGUAUGACUGGCAAACUCAUUCGUCAAAUGCGAACGGCGAUGCGGUUGUGAAUCGUUCCUCCACUGUUCGUUCGAAUCGCUGA